CAAGAAGGUGAUAAGGUACCUGAGCAACAAUGUCAUCGUCUUCAUCAUCGAUCCCAAUCCUUGACGCUUGCAGGAAGAGAAAAAGGAAGCCCAAGCUUUAUGGGUUCCAAUCGUUUGCCGAUGCUGAUUGCCCGAUUAGCUCAGCGGGAACUUUCAGAGACAACAUUCGGGUCUUUCUUCAAGAAUGCGCUGCCCAAGAAGAUUACAGUGUGCAGGGGAUGCCGAUUUGGUGUACUCUUCUUGUUCACAAGAGUAGAAGCCUUGUUGUCCCUCUUUACACCAUUGAAGAGAACGUCAAGUACUCCCAAAGACCUUACUGCGAUUAUUGCCGAUGCACUGGUUGGAGUAAUCAUUUUGUUUCUAAAAGAAAGUAUCAUUUGGUUAUUCCAACUGAUACUCUGUGGAACAAGCCCUUGGAUGAUGGUGUUUUUGAUAUCCAGACCCAUCUCUUGCAUGGAUUAAUUCACGCUAAUGGGUUUGGUCAUUUGGUCUGCAUUAAUGGAAUCGAGGCGGGUUCAAAGUAUCUCUGCGGCAGAGAAAUCAUGGAUCUUUGGGACCGAAUUUGCACAAAUCUUCAAGCCAGGAAAAUCACAGUCGAAGAUACAUCGAAAAAGCGGUCAAUGGAUAUUCGUCUUCUCUAUGGGGUCGCUUAUGGACAUCCAUGGUUUGGUAGAUGGGGAUACAAAUUCUACCAUGGAAGCUUCGGAGUUAAAGAUCACCAUUAUAACAGAGCACUGGAAAUUCUCAGCUCACUGAAACUCGACAAAAUCAUCGAAGACUUUGUCGAAACUGAGCAAUUCAAAGAGAUCAAGAAAAUUAUUCGCCAUUACAGAGAUCUGAGCGAAACCCAGUUGAUCACAAUGCGAGACAUGCUCAAAUUCAUGCUCACAAUCAAAUCUUCCACACCCACACAGAAGAAAACGAUCGUCGCCAACUCUCUUCCUCAAUUCCCUAAUUCACCAAAACAUUCAUUAACCAGAUCAUCGCUUCAGAACAAAACCUCUCUUGCUGCCAAAGAAAAACCGCCAUUGAAGCACAGAAAGUUCAGCUCCGUCAUGGCGAACAUGGAUAGCAGAUGGCCACAGAGAAGGUUAGAGUUCGCCGCCGAAGUCAUCGUCAGCGCGCUCAAGGAGAAGAAAGAGAGAAAUUUCGGCCGUGGCGGUGGGAUGACUAGGCAAGACGUCCGAGACGCUGCUCGUUUGCAUAUCGGCGAUACGGGUCUGCUCGAUUACGUCCUGAAAUCGCUCAAUAACGUCGUCGUCGGGAACCACAUAGUCCGCCGAGCUGUUAACCCGAUGACAAGGAUUUUGGAGUUCACGAUACACGAUCUCAACGUCGUUGGGUCCGAACCCGAAUUACCAGCUCCGAACCCGAAGCCACGUCUCCUUCCUUCUUCUCCAUCAUCAUCAUCGACGGGUUUGAUUCCUGGACUUGACGUUUACAACGACGUCGUAUUCCUAUAUAGGCACGUGCUUUUGGGAUACCCGGAAUCGGAACUGGUUGACUCGGCGAGUCAAGCGAUUUUGGACACGAAGCAUUUCGUGAAGGAAUGGCCACUGAAGGACGAAGAUGAAGACCAACGACUGACUUUCGUCUGUCGUUUCAAGGAGAGCGAGUUCAAGCGCGAGUCACCGCACGGCGAGAUCGUUGUCGUUCCGCUCCAUACGACAGUGGGAGAGCUAAAAACCGCUGCUGAGGUGGCACUGAACGACACGUACUGCGUCACGGAGAGUUUCAAAGUGAGCGAGAUAGUUGGGUUGGAGGAAGUAGAAGAUGCGGAAUUACUAUUUGGGACAUUGGAGUCCGGAGUGGAGAUCAGCGUUAGAGGGAGCGGGGUAGAUUUGGAAACUCAAUUGAGGUACCAGAGCGGUUGUGACACGUGGAUGGUGAGGUGCGAGUGUGGUGCACGUGACGACGAUGGGGAGAGGAUGGUGGCUUGUGAUAUUUGUGAGGUAUGGCAGCACACGCGCUGCUGCGGGAUUGGUGAUGAAGAGACCGUGCCGCCAUUGUUUGUGUGCUCGGCUUGCUGUGGUUCGCUUGCGCCGCAGAGGAGUGAGACUGCCGGUUUUGGUUUUGAGUGUGGUGGUGAUUUGCUGUUGUCGACCCCAGCAACUGGAUGUGGAGUCGCGCUUGGAUAUUGAGAAUUUUUUUUUUUUUUUAAUUUUUUGGGAAUGUGUUUGCUGAAGAUAUUUUUUUUUUCUUUAAAUCUUUUCAAUUUUGUAGGUAAUUGAGCUUGGUGGCUUUUGGGAAAAAAAUUGUAAUAUACCAAUUUAUACCAAGCAUUUUCAAUAGCUAAACCACAUACUAUAGUGGUGUGUAGUCAAAACACA